CAAGAUGCUUAUCAUCACUACCAUCUAUCUAUAUAGUGUAUAUAUUAUUGUAGAGUAACACAAGAGCCAGUGAGUUCAUCUCUCUGCAAAAGGGGGCAGCAGAGCAACAUGCAAACUACCGUUAAAGCCCAAAAUGAAGACUUUUGAGGACUUUAUUCUGUUUUUUUAAUGGUGUAUUUCAAUUCAACUUAAUGUGUAGCCCCAUAAAUACCACACAUAAAAACGCUUCAACUAGAAUAAGUAAAGUGGAAUUAGAGUAAAAGUAAAAGAGCAGUACGAGUUAUUUCAGAUUCUGUUUAUUAAUACAACAUAAGCUGAAUACAUUUUUUUAUCAGGUGCAACAUAAGUAAUAAUUAUAAUACAAUAAUGCAUGUUAUUCUGAAUGAGUGCUUUUGCUACUGUAAGUGUAUUUUCAUGCCGAGAGUUUUUAAUGUAAAGAUCUGAGUUCUUCCUCCACCACUGGAGGUUAGCGCCAGUCGACAAAUCGAGCGCACCCAGGCUGGAGGGAACGUGGCGGGCUUUAGGACCCGGCGGGCGGCGCGGUACAAUAGAGCCGUUGUGCCGUGGUGGUGGAUCGACUGCUGCCCAGGAGAUCCCCUCUGUGGUCGGAUACAAACCCCCGGAUUUACCCGGAGAGUAGAACCAGAGCCUCGGUUGUUUCUACAGGUACAUGUUGGACGCGGUGUCCGGGCGGAUAUGUGGCUGGAAUAAAGCGGACAGCGGCGCGUGGACUGGAGGAUGUUACAGGAUGAAGCGUCUCAGGUCGUCGAGCAGCAGCGACAGUUCUGACAACGAGAGUCCCUCCACCUCCUUCUGCUCCUCUAACAAGUAUGGAGGUGGCAAACCCGAAGCUCCGGCCUCCACCCAGAAGAAACCGGCUGAGGUCUUCAGGAAAGACCUGAUCAGCGCCAUGAAGCUGCCCGACUCCCACCACGUGUCCCCGGAGGACUACUACCUGCUGGCGGACGCCUGGAAGCAGGAGUGGGAGAAGGGGGUCCAGGUGCUGGCGAGUCCGGACACCAUCCCGGAGCCGUCCGUCAGAGUCAUGGAGGAGAAGCCCAAAGAGGUCCUCUACACCCACCAGAGGAAGCACAUCCAGUGCUCGGGCCGGGAGUCCACGGAGCCGGGCUACGUGGACAUCAAGGAGCUGGCCGAGGCCAUGUGCCGCUACGACCUGGACGACAUGGACCUCCACUGGCUGCAGGCCCUCAACAGGGCGCUGGACCGCAUGGGGGAGGAGCCCGUGGACGAGCUGACGAUGGAGCGCGCCAUGGAGGCCCUGGAGGGCCGUUGCCACGACAACAUGAACCACGCCAUCGAGACGGUGGAGGGCCUCGGGAUCGAGUACGACGAGGACGUGAUCUGCGACGUGUGCCGCUCCCCCGACAGCGAGGAGGGCAACGACAUGGUGUUCUGUGACAAGUGCAACAUCUGCGUGCACCAGGCCUGCUAUGGAAUCGUCAAAGUGCCCGUCGGGAACUGGCUGUGCAGGACGUGCGUCCUCGGCAUCGACCCUCAGUGCCUCCUCUGUCCUCAGAAGGGCGGGGCCAUGAAGGCCACUCGAGCCGGCACCAAGUGGGCUCAUGUGAGCUGUGCUCUGUGGAUCCCCGAGGUGAGCAUCGCGUGCCCCGAGAGGAUGGAGCCCAUCACCAAAGUGUCCCACAUCCCUCCGAGCCGCUGGUCGCUCAUCUGCAGUUUGUGUAAAUGGAAGACGGGCGCUUGCAUCCAGUGCUCGGUGAAGAACUGCACCACCCCCUUCCACGUGACGUGCGCCUUUGAGCACAGCCUGGAGAUGAAGACCAUCCUGGACGAAGGCGACGAGGUGAAAUUCAAGUCGUACUGCCUGAAGCACAGCCAGCCGAAGGCCGGGGAGGCCGGCCUGAGCCCGGCUCGCGCCAAGCCCGCCGGCGACGCCCAGAAGGGGGGCCAGCGGGCUCAGAGGCUGCAGGAGCUGGAGGAGGAGUUCUACACCCUGGUCCAGCAGGAGGACCUGUCCCGGGCCCUCGGGCUGCCGGCGCGCCUGCUGGACUUCAUCUGUCAGUACUGGAAGCUGAAGAGGAGAGCCAACUUCAACAGAGCCCUGCUGCCCCCCAAGGAGGACGAGGAGAACCUGGUGCUGCAGCCGCAGGAGGACAGCAUCCACACCCGCAUGAGGAUGUUCAUGCACCUGAGACAGGACCUGGAGAGGGUGAGGAACUUGUGCUACAUGGUGAGCCGGCGGGAGAAGCUGAAGGUGCUGCAGAGCAAAGCCCAGGAGCAGAUGUUCAACCUGCACGUGAAGCUGCUGAACCAGGAGCUGGCCGCCGGUCUCCCCUCUUCGUCUCCGGCCGACGGCCUGCUGUUCCGGCCUCCUCCGCGCAUCACUCUGAAGCUCAAGAUGCCAAAACCCUCCGGUCUGGGAAACGGCUCCAAGUCCGGCAACGGGCCGCUGUGCCCGGACAACAGCGGCAACGUGGCGGAGGGCGAGGGCCUGGGCCAGGGGAAGCCCCAGCUGCACGGCCGCGGCCGGCGGGAGGAGCGCGCCAACGGCCGGCUGUCGGCCUCCAGCCACUCGCGCAGCCCGGCCGCGCUGCCCGGCGGCAAGCCGCUGGCGCUGCACGCCGCGCUGCACGCCGCCCACUCGUCCAACGGCAAGCCGGACCAGGACCGCAAGGCCAACGGCCUCUCGGAGAAGUCGGCGGCGCAGAAGGACAGUUCCUGCCAGACGCCCGGCGACCGGGACGCCUCGAGUCCGGCUCUGGACAAGACCGGCUUACGCAAGUCCGCCAUGGAGCACUUCGGCAGGUCCUUCAAGGAGGCCACCAUCAACCUGGUACGGACCACGGAGGACUUGCGGGCCUCCGACAAACUGUCCCGGAAGGGCUCGGCCAAGGAGAGACUGUGGGCCAAGCCCGAGCACCGGGCGCGGGGUGGCCGGGCGCACCAGGACAACGACGGCUACUGCCCGGACCUGGAGCUCAGCGACUCGGAGCCGGAGGCCAAAGGCCGGCGGCAGGGCGGCCCGCCUCAGCCGGACGGCGCCGGGAAGGGGGUCGGCCGCGGGAAGCAGUCGCUGGGCUCCAGACACGCCAUGCAGAGGUGACGGCCGUUCGUGGACUCCGUCCUCCCCCAAGUGCCAAGACGCGUCAGGGACCGGGACCAGGGCCAAACCGGGACCAGGACCAAACCAGGACCCGGAGGGCGCUGCAGAGGAUGCGUGAAGGGUUGGUGGGACUCGUAGAGAGGAGCCCUCUUCUGAGAUUAUCAUCGUUUGCCUUUCAUUGUGACUAGAAAUACAUUUUGUACUCUGCACAACUUUGUACCCCCCCCCCCCCCCCCCCCUCUCUCUGAAUCACACGUGCUCCACUUUAUUGAGACUUAUUGAGACCUUAAAUCUGACUUCAAACCGUCUUCGUUCACGUGCAUCAAAUAUUCCAGUUUGUUGUUUUCCUAUUAAUCCGGUUAAUGAAGAUUCAUGUUCCCGUUAUUAUUCAGGUUAAUGUAGAACAUCUUCAUCUUCAUCAUGAUCCUGUUGACAUGAAACACUUCAUCCUUCACUAGAACUACAGACGACAUGUGUACAAUCAGAGUAUUAUGGUCUGCAGAGUAUUUGGUGCAUGUAAACGGACUGCAGCUCUUUGUUUCCUCUCUGCUGUUGAAGCGACCCGGUGACCUUUUCUUGACCUUUUCUUGACCUUUUCUUGACCUUUUAUUCUUUCCUGCGUUAGUCGAGUAGUAAUUUAGUUUGAACAGAAACAAAAACACAGUUUAACACUAUUAGUCUGUUUUUAGUUGUUUUGUUUCGUUGGACUCAAAGUCUGAAGCAGACGUGUGAAACGGGGGACGCCAGGUCACGCGGUCAGUGACUCCGGGUCACGCGGUCAGUGACUCCGGGUCACGCGGUCAGUGACUCCGGGUCACGCUGUCAGUGACUCCGGGUCACGCUGUCAGUGACUCCGGGUCACGCUGUCAGUGACUCCGGGUCACGCGGUCAGUGACCCUGGGUCACGCUGUCAGUGACCCUGGGUCACGCUGUCAGUGACUCCGGGUCACGCGGUCAGUGACCCUGGGUCACGCUGUCAGUGACCCUGGGUCACGCUGUCAGUGACUCCGGGUCACGCUGUCAGUGACUCCGGGUCACGCUGUCAGUGACUCCGGGUCACGCGGUCAGUGACCCUGGGUCACGCUGUCAGUGACUCCGGGUCACGCUGUCAGUGACUCCGGGUCACGCUGUCAGUGACCCUGGGUCACGCGGUCAGUGACCCCGGGUCACGCGGUCAGUGACUCCGGGUCACGCGGUCAGUGACUCCGGGUCACACGGUCUGGGUCAGUGACCCCGGGUCACACGGUCUGGGUCAGUGACCCCGGGUCACGCGGUCAGUGACCCCGGGUCACGCGGUCAGUGACUCCGGGUCACAUGGUCAGUGACUCCGGGUCACACGGUCAGUGACUCCGGGUCACACGGUCAGUGACCCCGGGUCACACGGUCAGUGACUCCGGGUCACAUGGUCAGCCUUCAUGCCGCCGUCUUGUUUUGUUUUGAUAAUAAAUAACUGGUUCACUA